ACCAAAGAUCCGGAUCAGGAGAAAGAUGGCACAGCGUGUUGAAGAGAAGCAGCAGGACUUCGAGGAAAAGCUUUUGAAAGUUCGCAGUGAGUUUGUGAGGAGAGUUUCUGAGGAAAUCCUGACUCAGCUCCUCGAUGGCCUUGAGACUGAGGGAGUCUUUAAUCGUCUGGAGAAACGGGACAUACUGGUAAAGAACCAAACCAGAGCCAGUAGCACCAUAGAUGCUGUGAUGAGGAAAGGAAGCAGAGCCUGUGAAAUGAUGAUCCAGCAGCUUCAGCUUCUAGAUCCAGCUCUGUCCGAUCAGCUGGGUUUGUCCUCCGACUGCCCUGAUCCAGAUAUUGUUGGCCGGUGUCAACGUGACCUGAAGGAGUCUCUGAAGACGACGGUCCAGUCUCUCUGUGAAGGCGUGGCCAUGCGUGGAAAGAAAAGCUUUCUGAAGGAUUUCUACACAGAUCUCCACCUCACAGAGGGGCAAACUGGAGAGGCCAAUGAGGUCGGACAGAUUACAGCAGGUUUAACGCCAGAAGACAUCUUUACAGUCCCACCUGGAAAGGAACCAAUCAGAGUAGUGAUGACCAUGGGCGUGGCUGGCACUGGGAAAUCGGUCUUAACACAGAAGUUCAUUCUGGACUGGGCUGAAGGCAAAACCAACCAGGACAUCCAGUUCAUAUUUCCAUUCACCUUCAGAAAGCUGAAUCCCUUGAAACAGAAAAACUUCAGCUUGGUGGAACUGAUUCAUAGAUUCUUUAAAGACGUUAAAGAUGCCAAAAUCCGCAGCUUUAAAAAGUUCCAGGUUCUGUUUAUCUUGGAUGGUCUGGAUGAAAAUCAACUUCCUCUGGACUUUCGCAACAAUCAGAUCCUGACUGACGUCACAGAGUCCAGCUCACUGGAUGCUCUGCUGACAAACCUCCUCAGUGGGGAGCUGCUUCCUUCUGCUCGCCUCUGGAUAACCACACGGCCUGCAGCAGCCAAUCAGAUCCCAGAUAGGUUCAUUGACAGGGCCAUAGAGGUCAGAGGGUUCACUGACCCACAGAAGUACUUCAGAAAGAGAUUCAGAGAUGAUCAGGUGGAAAGAGUCCUCUCCUGCAUCAAUGCAUCACAAAACCUCCACAUCAUGUGCCACAUCCCAGUUUUCUGCUGGAUCACUGCUGAUGUUCUGGAGGAUGAGCAAAAGAAGGAAAAGGGAGGAUGGCUGCCAAUGGCCCUGACCGAGAUGUACAUCAAGUUCCUGGUGUUUCAGAACAAGAACAAGAAGGAGAAGUAUGGCGAAGGGCCUGAAGAAGAUUCAGACAUCAGGCUGAUGGUUGAGUCUCUGGGAAAACUGGCUUUGGAGCAGCUGAUGAAGGGAAACUUGAUGUUCAGUAAAUCAGACCUCAGACUGUUCGGCCUCGACAUCAAAGAUGCUUCGUUGUUCUCAGGAGUGCUCACUGAGAUCUUUAAGAAGGAAAGAGGGAUGGGCAACACCUCAGUCUACUCCUUUGUUCACCUGACCGUCCAGGAGUUUCUGGCUGCAGUCUACAUGCUCCACUGUUUCACCAGCAGCAACACAGAGGUGAUCAUCCGGGUCCUGGGAAAAGACCACAGCUGCUCCUCUCUGGAUGAGUUCCUGAAGAAAGUCAUGGUGAAAUCCCUCAGCAGUAAAAAUGGCCACCUGGACCUGUUUGUUCGUUUCCUUCAUGGCCUCAGUCUGGAGUCCAACCAGAGACUGUUAGGAGGCCUGCUGGGUCAGACAAGGAACCGUCCAGAAACCAUCCAGAGAAUCAUCAACAACCUGAAGAUGAUAAACACUGAUGAAAUCUCUCCUCACAGAAGCAUCAACAUCUUCCACUGUCUGACGGAGAUGAACGACCUCUCAGUUUUCCAGGGGAUCCUACGGAUGGUGAAACAGAAUGACAUAUCAGAGAAGAAGCUCUCAGAGAUCCAGUGCUCAGCUCUGGGAUAUGCGCUGUGGAUGUCAGACGAGGUUCUGGAUGAGUUUGAGCCAGAGAAGUUCAACACAUCAGCAGUGGGACGGCGGAGACUGAUUCCAGCUGUGAGGAACUGCAGAACGGCUCGACUUGGUGUCAUUAAACUCUCAGAGGCUGAAUGGGAAGUUUUGGCCUCAGCACUGAAAUCCAGCAACAGUCUGGAAAAACUGGAAAUAAUUCGGAUCAACGUGGAGAAAACCACUGGAGACUCAGGAAUGAAGCCUGUGUGUGACGUUCUGCAGAGAUCAGUCAGCGAAGUGAAGAGUCUGAGGCUGGAGAACUGCAGUUUGUCAUUGAAAUGCUGGGCUGCUCUGGCCUCAGCUCUGACCUUUAACCCCUCCCAUCUGACUGAACUGGACCUGAGUGGGAACGACCUGAAAGAUGCUGGAGUGAAGGAGCUCUGUGGUUUCCUACAGACUCCAGGCUGCAACCUACAAAAACUGAUAUUGUGUUUCUGCAGGUUGUCAGAGAUCAGCUGUUCUUCUCUGGCCUCAGCUCUGAAGUCCAGCCAACAUCUGACUCAGCUGAACCUGAGAGGAAACGACCUGAAGGAGUCAGGAGUUCACCAGCUGGAGGAUCUUUCAAAAAGUCCAGACAAACAAAUCGAUCAUUUAUUUUGGUGAUUAACUUUGUAAAGUAGAGAAUCGUCUCUGUUUCCUGCUGAUCCUCAGAAGCUGCAGCAGUUUGAGUCUGAAGAGACUCUGACUGGAUCAUGAUGAUUCUGAAUUGAAAGAUUUUGUUACAAUUUCUUUUAUCCUGUCUUGACAUUUAUUGUCUGUUUGUCUCUUUGGAUAAAUUUUGAUCAAAUUCAAUCUAAACUCCAUUUAGUGGCUUAAUUUGAUCUGAUCUUGAUUCAACUGUAAUUUUUUUUUUCAUAUUUCAAUAAAUAUGAAUAAAGUUAAAUUCAGUCGGCUGCAUUUUGCUUCAUCCUGAUGUUUCUGGAUGUUUUUAUAUUUUAGGUGUUUUCUGCACAUUCUUGUGCAGCUCUGCUGAUUUUAUCUGCUGCAAACAGCUCAGUGAGUCGAUGAUGGUUUCAGUUGGAGGAGAAACUUUCCUUGUUGAUUUUAAUGAAGUUAUUUUUUUCAUUGUUUCUGAAGGUAAAAUAUUAAACUCCUCCUGAGUCCCAGAGCCUUAGAAGCCGAUGUGAAUAAUUCUCGUUUCCUCUGACGCGUUACGCUGAGGUUCUGUCAGCUUCAUGGUGUUGGAUGAGUUCUGAUGAAGUGAUUAAAGGUCCAACAGUGGUCCAGACCUGCGUCACUGAAACUGAUCAAAAUUCAUGUUAAUCACAGUUAAUUCAUAAUUUACCAAGAGUGUAAAUAUAUUAUAUUCACAAUAAAACGCCAUCAUUGGUUAAAUAUUCAAAGAAUAAAACAAAAACACAACAAAACCUCAGUGCUUUAUUUGCCUUCAGCUCAUUUUCCUUCAAAACUGGACAAGUUGGAUUUUAUUCUUAUCGUCUUCAAGUGGAAUAUUUUUAUCUGUAAGACUACAGUACACAGAUAUGAAACACAAAUGCUUUAAUUUAACCCCUACAUUAUGAAAAUGUAAUUAUGAUCAGAACCAAAGUGAAGAAGCUACAUUUCUACAUACAGUAAUCAAUAAAAAUGCAUAGAUAAUUUAUACUUUACAGCAUUAAUAAAAAUA